GUGUCAAGAUCCAUCGCAGCCAUCCCAAAGACCCAAUCUCCCUCUGCCACCCACCACAGCGCAUCACAAUGAGUGCCGAUAUCGCUACGUCUGCUGGUGUGGCCGCCGACUCGUCGGACUUUGUCCUCGACGCUGAGACGUUCAAAAAGAUCCAUCCUGCCGAGUAUCACCGGCGGUUCUUUGCUCAGGGCGUGCGGCCAGACGGCCGGUCGCUGGAAGACAUCCGCACCACUCUCGUCACCACCGACGUCGUCAAGACAGCACAUGGCUCGUCAAUGGUCAAGAUCGGCAACACCACCGUGAUUUGCGGCAUCAAGGGCGAGGUCGCAGCGCCGCUCGUGAAUACACCCGAGGAGGGCUAUCUGGUCCCAAACAUCGAUCUGCCUCCGUUGUGUUCGGCGCACUUCAAGUCUGGACCUCCUGGAGAAGCAACGCAAACGAUGAGCGAGCUUCUAAACAAGAUAACCACAAGCUCCAAGAUGUUCGACCUCAAGACGCUGUGCAUCGCGCCCGGCAACGCCGUCUGGGUCCUGUAUGCUGACAUUGCCUGCAUCAACUACGACGGCAACGUCUUUGAUGCCGCCUUGGUUGCGCUGCUUGCGGCUCUCGAGAACGUGCGGCUGCCAAAGGCGACCUGGAACGAAGAAGAGGGCUCUGUCCAGUCGUCAGAGAAGUGCACCGUCGCCCUGACCCUCCAGCGCCGGCCGACAUCCACAACGUUUGGGAUUUUCGACGGCGAGACCCUCCUUGUCGACCCGACCGACGACGAGGAGAUGCUGCUGUCGUCGACGGUGACCGUCGCCCUUGACGAAGCGGGGGUCCUGUGCGGUAUCCGCAAGCCGGGCGGAUCUGCACUGCCGCUUGCUGUGCUGCAGAGGUGCAUCGAGAUUGCUCGCAUGCGCUCCCAGGAGCUCUUACAGGUCCUUCGCAAGGCAAGCAGCCGGCGUUGAGCGACCUGGUGGCCUGGCAGCUCGUGGAACAUGUCUGGCACCUGAGUGUUGUGCAUUGGGGCCUUGGACGCCAGCUCGUGUAGCUCAAAGCUCAAAGCGCAAAGCUCAAAGCUCGAGACGCGAGGUUCGACGGUCAAGGUUUGGCCGCGGCCAGUCGAUGGGUGUGAGCGAGUGCAGCAAUACACUCGGCAUCCCGCUGCUUGAGCAGCUAACCGUGAA